GUUCGUACCGUUCUCAACGAAAAACAACUGCACACCCUACGCACAUGUUAUGCUGCGAAUCCCAGACCCGAUGCUUUGAUGAAGGAGCAACUGGUGGAGAUGACCAGCCUCAGUCCGCGUGUGAUUCGAGUCUGGUUUCAGAACAAGCGUUGCAAAGACAAGAAAAAACAGAUUAUGAUCAAGCAAAUGGAGCAGCAUCACCAGGUAAGCCAAACAGCUCGAACAGUGCCCAUCCAAGGCUUACAAGGGUCGGCUGCUGCCUGCCACAUCGCUCCACUUGCAGCCUGUGCCGGAGACCCGGAGACCGUCAAUCGCAAUUGUCGGAUGACCCGAGUGAACGGCCUGUCACUUGGGCCAAAUCAACGGCAGGAAAGCGCCACUCCCAACCGAUUGCCUCGUCUGUCCAAUCGCCGCAGUAUCCAGGCCGACCGGAGUUGUUGGCCUACCCUUCUAUUGUUCACACCACAAUUCGAUGAUCAGAAUAAGGAGGGUUUCCGGGGCUCUGAGGCGGCCGAAACGACGAUGGGGAUGAAUGCACCUCCCUCGGUCUGGGCUUCUGGGCCGUCAACGGUGAGGAGGGGGCUAUCGCAGACCUCCCGCCCGAGGCAUAGAAUUAGCACUCGCCAGUCUGAAGCCAUUUAUGCUAAGGCUGGGUUGGAUGAAUUGCCUUUAUGCGCUUUUGCUUGCACGCAUGUCUAUCUGCGUGUUGUCUUCCACAAGUGA